AUGACAGUGUCCCAGAUGCAGCAGCUUCCCACCUCCGACGAAGAACAGCCCGGCCACGGUCCUGGCUUUGGCAGCCAGCAACGCCCCCACUGCCACUGCAGGAAACUCCUCACCGGCGCUGGUGUGCUAGUGGUGUUGGGCUUGUGCUGGGUGGCCUUGCAGAAAUCACCGGAGUUCUUGGCUCAGCGGUUCGGAUCACCUUCCAUGGUGGAGGGCCAGCCAGAAGCGCAGGAAGCGUGGGGCGUGGGAAAGGUGUGGCAGUGGCACAAGGAGAGGCUCGAAGCGUUCAAGAAACACAAGAAGACGAAUUGGGAUGCUGAUCAGCAGGAUAACGCGAAUCGAAGAUGGGAGGUGUUCGACGGUAAGACAAUCAGGUUCAAAAACAAGCCACGCGUCCGACGUGAGUGGCGAACGCUGAGCGACGAGAUGAAGCAAAAGGUGGCCGAUGCGUUCUGGAAGGUGAAGACCCUCACGCAGGCGGAGGGCCAGGCACUGUAUGGGCCAAACUUCCACAACCACGACGAUAUGCUGAUGCUCCACUCCUGCGCCACCACAGAUCCCCGAUGCGACGAGGGGCACUUUGGCCCCCAGUUCAUGACCUUCCAUCGCGCUUUGCUUCUGAAGUACGAGUUGGCACUGCUUGCAGUGGAUCCCUCGAUCGAGGCCAUGCCGUAUUGGAACAUGGCCUACGACGCGCAGGGUGGCAAGUAUGAAAUGGACCCUAUCAAGGGGAUCUUCACCAACAACUACUUCGGUGAUUACUACGGCAAUAUGGGCAUGGCCAACUACCAGGUCACCAACGGCCUCUUCGCCAACUGGCCCAUUGCCCACUGGACAAGCGAGCGCUUCGGCAGUAAGAGCCACAUGGCGAAGGGCAACCCGUGCAUCGAGAAAGAGUACUUCAAGGGGACCACGGCCAGUGUAUGUGACCGCUGUUGCAUGGACACGAGUGGUACCUGUGAGUGCGACGAGGAUACCGACACCUACUCGACCUUCCUGCGGGCCCACGACGACUGCACCCCGUGGGUGGCGCGCUGGCCCGAAGAUCCGGAUGCUCUGGGACCGCUGGGUGGCACCUACAAGCUCGUCUACAAUGAGGAGGAUUUCAACAACUGCACGGACAUCAAGCAGGUCCGCACGUGGAUGGAGUGGCAGGAUUGCAUCGAGAUGGGCACCUUCAUGUGCAGUCAGCGGUUCAAGCGCAUCAGUGUCGAGCCAGGAUUUCUUUCGACGUUCCGCAAGCUGAUCUUGCCCCAGAUGCAGAAGAGAGCAGAUGCCUUCUCCGAGGACACGGACUAUGGCAAGUACGUGCGCAAAGCUGUCCGGAAGCUUACCGACACGGCUGAGCAGGAGAGCCAGUACUCCGACGCCUUCACGAGCGUGCUCCAAGAAGUCCUGAAGCAGCUCUGCGGGGACUACAUGCUCUUCGGCUUCAUUCGAGACCGGAUCCACCUCGGAAAGCACCAGACGCCGAAGUAUCCGCGCUUCUUCCACUCCCAGGCCCACAUCAAGUUCGGCAAGGACCUCUUGGAUGUGACGACGUCCCCCAAUGAAGCAGCCGCUUUCACCGGCUACCAUUCAGACAUUGACCGCAGCAGCAUGACGUGGAUGAUAAACACGCAGCUGGCCAACCCGUACAUGGACGAGGCAAGCUGGUUAUAUCCUGCCAGCCAGGUGGUCAACCCCACGGACGACAUCGCAAAGGGCUCGUCUCAGGGCAUUGGAAAAGGCAUCUCUGGACCGUUCGCCAUCUACGAUGUGAUGGCCUGUGCCAAGGAUCAGGACACGUACUACCAGUACAAAGUUGGCGAAAGUCCGUGGAUUCCUGGAACCUUGCUGAACGACGUGGUGAACAGCGGCUUCCCCUUCAAGAAUCUCUUCACCUGCGACGUGCCGAGCCGCUGUGAUGGCGGUCCCCCGCUUUCGUUUCUCGGAGAUGACGGCCACAAAGGCAGUGCAAAGUCUCCCGGCUACGUCUUCACAACGCUGUCGCCGCAGUUCGGUGCCAUGCCGCAAAUGCCGUGUCGUGGCGCAUUCCAAGCAGUCGUGCUUCUCCUGGCAGUGGGAGCGAGUGCCGCAGCAGAGGACGAGCCAAGGUCACUAGACGAACUCUGCAAGAGAGCACCUUGCGACAAGCCCAUGAGCUGGGCUUGCUUCCACAAGUGGCCUGGCAGCGACGUCGCCGAGGUCCUGAAAGAAUCAGGCUUCGCACGCUGGUACCACGCCGAGUAUGACGACUUGAAGUUUUAUGCCAAAUUCCUUUGCAACUUCACGGAAGAUGAACUGAAUGACGACAUUCAACGACGUAGGGACUUCACUUCAAACUUCAUCAAGAGCGAGUAUAUCAAGGGAGAGGUGUAUGCUGCAUUCGACAAGCACGGCAUCACAUACAACAACUGCUCAACAGUUGUGGACUCGAGCGACUUCCAACCGGAACUCAGGCCAUUUCUCUGCACAGAGGAAGCCAUGAAGGCCUUGGAGAAAAAGGCCUUGGAGAAGGAGGUUCGCGAGCUUCAGCGGGCAGUGGUCGCUUUACAGGAGGCCGCGGCAGGGCCUGCUCAGCUUCCUGCAAGGCAUGAAUCUGAGGAUUGUGCCGGGACAAAGCAGGACGAGGUCGACAACCGCCUCGGGGAGGUGCUGGAGGCCCUUGAGGGCCAAGCCAUAGCAGUGCAAGACCUCGGUGAGGUGGUGCGCGCUGAGCUGUGCGAGCUCGCUGCGCACCGCGCAGACGAACAGCGGCAAGACCUCUCUGCUUCCAUGGAGCAGCUCGAAGAGCGAGUUCGCCUGCUCGAGGGGAAAUCGGCACAGGUGGACCGGGAUAGGACGGAGGGCGACCUUCUCGCGUCCCGGGUGUCCACGCUUGAGGCCCAGAGUGAGGAGGCCGCACGCCGGCUGGAGGCCUUGGGCUACGUCCUCAAGGAGGCAAAAGACAUGGAGACGCGAGCCACCGCCGCAGCGGCGGAGGUGCAGCGCGUGGCGGAGGCUGCUGUGCUGGCAGCACAUGACGAGGCCAACUCCAGGUUUCAUGAGAUGGAACAGAAGCACGCCCCAGGACAGAGGAUGCGGGGAGGGCAGGAAACGGAUGCCACAGCUGUCGUCUCGGAUUCGGGCCCUGGGCAGACAAAUCCGGCGAACCUCGCUUCUGCAUCGGAGCGAGGAGGACGGUUCGCGUCCAAGAUCGAUUGCACUCGAGGCAGUCCAGUGCGUGGAGACGGCCACCACACCAAUCUCCUUGGCUUCGCCCAGUUGAUGCCACUCGUCCGGGCGGUAUUGGAGGACGGGAUUUAUGAGCGGUUUAUCUUCUCGUUGCUUGUGUAA